UCGAGGGGUGAAGUUUCCUUCGUUCAGACUAUGCUAGCUACUUCAGCCUACAUCUAUCAUCGUAUUGCUAAGCAACAAUGGAAUGUCUUGGAGCUGGCAACGUCAGCAUCAGCGUAAUGUUAACUACGAAUUCUUCAGUAAAUAAAACCGCCUGUUACAGCGAGACCUUUGGGAUUGAUAUCAACGUAGCCAGUAGCCAACACAAGUCGGCGCAAGCAAGAUGUCCUGCGAGCUGUUCCGACUGAACGUCUCCGGACUAAACCUCUCACGCGAGGAUGCUGAACGGAUGGUGUGGGACCUGGAAAACAACGAGGCCAAGCAAAAACUAGGCGCCAUAUUGUUCAUAGGCAUCGUAUUGUUAGUUGGUUUCCUUGGCAACAUAUUAGUAUGUGUUGUAUACCAUCUGAAGUUUCCACCCAGCACCUCAAAGUACUUCAUCAUGACUCUAGCAAUAUUUGACCUCCUGAGCUGCUCGAUAGCCUUACCAGGGGAGAUUAUAGACCUGAGAUUUGACUACCACUUCAACAUACCAACCCUUUGCAGGAUAAUGAGAUUCACUAUCACUCUCGGUACGUGUGCCUCUGUUGUUCUCCUCGUUGCUAUCGCUGUGGAUAGAUAUCGGAAAAUAUGUCGGCCAUUUGAAAACCAGAUGAGCUAAGGAAACAAAACUGUGGAUCGGUUUGCUAUAGGCUUGGCGCUAUCUCUUGCACUUCCGACUGUUCUGUUAUACGGAGCGAAAACAGGAACCAUUGCAGGUGUUGAAACAGCAGAUUGUUCCUUUGACCAAAAAUACAGACAUACAUUAUUUCCUAAAGUGUAUCUUGGAAUAACUGGCACGUUGUGUUUGCUUUCUUUCGUUUUACUUAUAGUGUUAUAUGUUUUCAUUGUUAUAAAAGUGUGGAAACAAAAACAAAAACGGAAACGGAUGCAGAUGCAAAAUGUGAAAGGGAAUCUACCUGUGACCUCACCCACUUCAUCACUGGCCGACGCCAAAGAGAAGGACCGGCUUGCUGUGAGGGUUGUAGAACCGGAGCUGCCUGAGAACGGUUCAGCUUUUGAUCUUCGGUUAUUGAAUCCCGAAACAAAGCAAAGGUCCAAACAGCAGCAAAAGCAAACCAUUAAGACAACAGUGAUGUUAUUUCUAGUAACACUGGUGUUUAUCAUAAGCUUCAUUCCUCAUUUCGCUUUGCAGAUAUUGUCGAUUCUUUCUCCAGGGUACUUGAUAAACAUUCACUGUUCCCCGGCGGCGUUAGUUGUCUUCAAACUCUUCCUACGUUCCUACUUCAUCAACUGCGCGUCAAAUCCUAUCAUCUACAGCUUCUGUAACCCUAAGUUCAGGACCGAAUGUAAAACUCUUCUCAGCAAAUUGUUCUGUAUGUCACCAUGCUGCAACAAAGCCAACAAAUAAUAAUUUUAAAUUGUUAUAAUUAUAAAGAGUGGGUGAGUGAGUUUAGUUUGACGCCGCACUCAGCAAUAUUCCAGCUAUAUGG